CGCAAACCAGGAAGUGUUUCCAUAUUCUGGAUAACUCGGGACACUUCAACGCGCUGAUAAGAGAUUAAGGAAGUCGAGUAGAAUUUGACGCAGUAAAGAAAAAGCUUUCAUUUUUUAUUUUGAGUGACGUCUUAUUAGUGGAAACUCUUGGGAGUUUUAAAGAAAAAGAAACGAAAAGAAAAGAAAAGAAAAGAAAAGAGCAGUCAUGAUGCGGGAGCUGUGGUGCGGCUUGCUGGUGUGUUUGCUGGUCCCGGCGGGCCUGGCUGAAGUGUGUGACUGGGACCAGAGCACUGACCCCGGCCAGGGUCUGGACCCCGGCUCCCUGCACGCCGGGGCCCGCCAGCUGGCCCAGCUCACCGAUGUGACAGACCCGGAGAAGUGCCGGGAAGCUUGCUGCGUCAUGGCCGAGUGCGGGCUCGCCGUGCUCGGCAGGCCGGCGGACGGCGGGGCGGAGUGCCUGUUGUACAGCUGCCUGGCCCAGGGCCGGGACGUGUGCAGCCUGCAGCCCAGCGAGCAGCACACUGUUUACCGCAAGAAGGCGAAGGAGCAGCCGAGCUUCCCCCUUCCCAUUGUCCCGGUGGCGGCGGUCCCGGAGCCGAGGAACGACACCGACACCGACACCGCUCGCUGCGCUCAGCCAAUGAAGGUGGGUUCCUGCAAGGCGGCGUUCCGCAAGUUCUACUACGAGCAGGAGAGCGACAGCUGCCGGCCCUUCAUCUAUGGCGGCUGUGAGGCCAACGGCAACAACUUUGACUCGCUGGAGGAUUGCGAGGCGGCCUGCAGGAGCGGGAAAGGGUCUCUGCUGCCCAACGCCUCGGCUUCUGCUCCUGUCAAAGCUGCUCGCAUGCUGCCUGCACAAAAAAGUCCAGAGCUCGUGAAGGAGGCUGAGGAUGAGGGCGAGUCGAAGCCAGCUGAUGAGAGCGCCGCCACCACAGGUGCUGCUCCUGCAGAAGAGACAGCCACAACAAACACAGCACCUGCUGAGGAGACAGUGUCUCCUGCUCCUCGGGCGUCCCGUCCAGAGAUAUCCGCUGAUGACUUCGCUGAGCGCUGCGAGGUGGCGCCCAAAGUUGGUCCGUGCCGAGCCUCGCUGAUGCGCUGGCACUACGACAGCCAGACGCGUACCUGCCGCUCGUUCAUCUACGGCGGUUGCCAGGGCAACAAUAACAACUACGACAGCGAGGAGAGCUGCAUGGCGGCGUGCACCGUCACAGUGGUGCCGUCCUCCAGGAGAGGCCCAGCCAAAACUCCAAGCCCCGCCCACAACGCUGACCUCGCCAAGGACGACUACACAGAGUACUGCACCGCCGCCUCAGAGCCCGGCCCCUGCCGUGCUGCCUUCCCCAUGUUCUUCUUCAACCCCGCCUCUGGGACCUGCCAGUCAUUCAUCUACGGAGGUUGCAGGGGCAACAAGAACCGCUAUGGCACCAUGGAGGAGUGUAUGACCCGCUGCGCCGGCAGUGGAGGUUGGUUUGACGGGCGAGGGCACGGACAGCCUCGAGACCGCUGGACUCCUGCCUUCUUCCUCAUUGGUACUCUGGCUGUGAUCUCCCUCCUGCUGCUGGCUACGCUGGUUGUCAUGACGAUGCGACGCAACAGGCUGCCUCGCCAAUCUUCCUCUGUCAGUGACAAGGAGGAGUUGCUUCCAGAUCCAGAUGAGCAGUCCUCAGUGGAGUCUCUGUCCAUCCCAGAGAGCCCCACAGCAGGCAAAGCCUGAGGCGAAGAUGGGCUACCGGGUUUUUUUUUGUUUGUUUGUUUGUUUUCCAAGGGAAAAUCUACCCUAAAACUGACUUGAAAUAUUUUAUUCCUGUGAUUUCUGGUUCUUAAACAUGUUCAGCCCCCGAAACCCACAUUGGAGCCCUGGUCUCUCACCCUGGUGACCAGACUCACCCUUGUGCCUUGAAGACUCACCAGAAUUCGGGUCCCAAGCCAGCAGUUUUAAGAAACCAAGAUCUUUGAUGUCAUCAAAGGCAUAACUUUAGACAUACUUUGAUGCCUUGGUGCAAGAUCAUAGGAAUAACUUAACAAGUUUUUGGGUGGAUUUUUGCUUUGAGUAUCUGAGCUGUAUGGGGUUAGCUAAUAGACCUUUCUGUUCCUCCUUUGUUGUAAACUUCAGGCCUGGGUCAAAGGGUCUUUGAUACAUAAAAAUCUCCGAAUCCCAGUUGGUAUCAUUUUACUGUAAACAUUUAAUUUUUUAACUAGAGUAAAUGAAACCACUUCACUCGAAGAACUGGCUUUAAACCGCUGUGACAGCACUCUGGAACAAGUCCAUUGUCUCUUAAACGAGUUCUCCAAGAAUAUUUAAAUACAUACAUACAUAUACAUUAAACAUUUUAAGAGCAAAAAUAUUUUUCAUUUGACCCAGGGCUGAUGUCAAGCACAGUUGCAAACCCUGGACGCAGGAACAGGAACAGUUUCCUGUGAAACCCACAUCAUGUGGUCACGUGCUAUCAGAUACACUGGAACCACAAAUUGAUUAAAAUGAAGAAAAAAAAAAGAGGUUUUGAAAUUUUUGCAUGAACGCCUUUCAGAACUGGAUGAUGAGGCCAGAAACUGUCAUCUGUCUCAACAUGGCAGAGAAAUCUGUCAAGAGAAACGUGGAAAAAAAUAAGUUUGUUGAGUUGGAGGACGUCCAGGUUUGUUUAUCGUUUGUCCAGGUUUGAUUUUUACCACAUGAAUGUAAAACUCAUCAAACUGUUCAUGUUGAUGUCCAGGCUUUACAGUGAAGUAACAACAGAGUCUGUUGAAAUCAAAGCACAUGAGAUGUAGUCUUCUCUGUCUAAUCCAUCAUUUACUACCACUGUUUGUACUUGAUAACAUGAUGAAGAUACGCAGCGCUGGUUGUAUGUUCUUGGUCCAGGGUUUGAGCUGAGCUUUGAUUGUUUAUUAGUUUGGUUGUUGUUUUUUUCUAGACUUUGUUGUUUUAGAUGUCCUCUUGAUUUGAGUUUCCUGCUGAAGCCUUCAGGUCAGUUCUGCUUCACGUCAGUGAGUCUCAGCUUGCUGCUGAAGCGGCCCUGUUAGCAACAUGGCCGAUGAUGCCUUUGUAUUUGGACAGAUCGUGGGCGGGGCCAAAGAGAUUGUGGGCGGGACCAAAACCCUCUGAUUGGAUCUGUGUACGUCUGCAAAGAUCUGAACAGGCAAAUCGAGCAUCCUCCGCCUCUCUGGUGCUGUCUCAUGUAAUGUGUUUGGAAGAGUUAACACAGCUAGUCAGCAAGCGCUAAUUAGACAGAUUUAUCAAAAAUAAGCAAGUAGAAAUCAAUAAAAUGAUAAAUCAGAGACAACAAUUGAUACAGCUGUUCUCCAAGAUUCAUUUGCUGCAGGAAGCUGGGUAGCUGAAACUUCUGACGUUCUUCAGAUAAAACUAUUGGCAGGGAAACUAAGAAGCUGGAAAAUCUGAGUGGCUGCUUAUUAAAACUGACAAUGAAAAUUUCUGGAAAGCAGCAGCAUCUUCUGACGCUAACGAACACCGUAAACUGUCUGGAUCAAAGUCUCAGCUAAAGAUAGAUGAAGUUCAAUAAAGAGCUAACACUUGGAUGUUUUUUUGUUUUUUUUUUCAAAUUGAAAGUUUGAGCUGCCUUCGGGCUGAGAUCUGCUGAGCGGCUCAUGAAGGAGAUGGAGGACGUGCGCGAUCUACUGUCAAACUGCCGGCUCUGUUUUUAGUUUCGACUUUAAAAUCACAUUAAAACAUGAAGAUGCCACAUGAAGGAUUUCCUCAGUAAAACAAAGAAAUUUAUGCUUUUAAAGAAAGGUACCAGCCAUCUGUCUUCUACAGAUAUAUUUAUAUAUUAUGAUUUUUAAAUUUUUUGGCAUCAGAAUGAUUUGGAAUGAAUUUGGAAACCAUCGUCCAUCAUGGCUGGUAAAUGGGGAAAAAACUCCCUGCUCUCAUGGAUUUCUCAGGCCUUAUAUUCAGUUCACUGAUUUGUUAUCACUCUUGAUUUAAUUGUACUAAUGAUAAUAAUGAGAAUUUCUUUUCACAAAGCCCCACAUUCAGUCUGAAACGUUGGCUUCAUGUGAUUAAAGUUAACUGUCUUUCUGUAAACGAGUGAAACCACUCCUCUGCUAAGUUGCACUUUCAAACACCGCCGUGUCUUCAAAUAUUAGAAAAACAAUGUGGAAAUCAAGAUAUAUCUGUUUUUUAAUGUUAUGAGUUGCAAAUGAACUUGAUUUACUAAUGUUUGCGGUGACACUGCUGAUCAGGGCUGGGUAUCGAUAGAAACAUCAGCUAUAAACCAAAUAUUGAUUUGGGUUUUAACUCUGCAGAGGUAUGGAGAAUCUCUCAUUUUCUCAAACUUUUCUGCAUUUUGUUGUGAGAAAAUGACUGUAAAGGAAAGGCAAUAUCGUAAAUAUAUAAGCGAGAAAGUGAUUUUAUCUGUUGGCUGAUGAAAUAUCAACGCUAACCUGGAAAUUGAGAAAGAUUUGAUUUUGGAAAUGUUAAGGAGAGAAACUGAGUUAUACCCAGCCCAGCUGAUAUAUGGAAGGACUCAUAAUGAAUAUCUGUAUGCAUUUUAAACGUGUGUAUAUCUGCUGUACUCUGCACUCCGAGCGUCUAACCUGUCUCUCUGUACCGACUCUCAACUCGUUUUUUACAAUAAAACUGGACAUUUCUUCUGCUUU